UGAUCAUCCGGUGAGGCAGUGGGUGGACAACCUGGCCAAUUUACCUUCCCCUCCGCUGAGCUUAUUGUCGAGCUAGCUUACCGACUGGCUACAUGGGGGACACAAACUCGCCGUUUUGGGGAUAACAUGUUCUGUGAGUCUCGAUGAGAGAGAAAAGGAAAAGGCGCACUGAUAUCGGGCACAGUCUUUGCCGUUGUCACUUAGCUUGCUCGACUGACCAACGGAGGAAACGUCGUUUUACAGCCAAGCUAAACUAGCAAGCUAAGCUAACAGCACCGCGUAUCUAGCGGGGGUGGAUUGUUAUUUCUCGGCCCACGGGUGUACUCCUUUGAAAACGGAUACAUUGCCGGCACAGGGACAUAUUUAUAACAAUGUCAAUCUCAGGAGUCAUAUUUAAUGGAAGAGGACUUCUUGGUGGAAAUUAAAUAUUGACGGAAGAGCAACGCUGGCAUGACCAAAACACUCACUGAGUUGUAAAGUAGGCUAGCUGGCUGGCUAAUCAAGGAAGUUGACUAGCCACCCUGCUAGCGUCCCAGUCCCACCACAAAUCGAUUGCAGGGGACCAAGGGUCGUCUGAGCCACCUCUGUUGUUGGGUCUUAUUGAUACCGGUAAUGCUAAGCUUUACUAUCGAGCAGACGUCGGGAAGGCAAAACAUGGCUUGUUCUUGUAAUUAAACGCUAUCCGGGUUAGCUAGAGUGUCGUAGCUCGCUGUAAACAAAGGGUUCCGCUCUCCACCUGUUUAAAAAUAUCAUCGAGGUAACUUCAGCUGACAUUGUAAACUGUCUUUUUUUAACUUGACGGUGAAGGAGAUUCCGUCAGAAAUGGAUCUUAAGACGGCGGUGUUCAACGCAGCCAGGGACGGUAAGCUCCGACUGCUUCAGAAACUGCUGGAGAACAAAGAUGGACACGAGGUGACCAAGCUGAUGGGAGAGAAAACAAAUGGGGCAACCCCGCUCCUGAUGGCUGCCCGGUACGGACACCUGGACCUGGUGGAGUAUCUGCUGGAGUGCUGCAGCGCUCCCGUCGAGGUCGGGGGGUCAGUGAACUUUGACGGGGAGACCAUUGAGGGAGCACCCCCACUUUGGGCCGCCUCUGCUGCCGGGCACCUCAAGGUGGUUCAGUCCCUUCUGGGCCACGGAGCCUCUGUCAACAACACGACUCUCACCAACUCAACCCCCCUCAGAGCGGCUUGCUUUGACGGUCACCUGGACAUUGUGAAAUACCUGGUAGAGCACAACGCUGACCUGGAGGUGGCCAACAGACACGGACACACUUGUCUUAUGAUCUCUUGUUACAAAGGGCACAAGGAAAUAGCGCAGUAUCUGCUGGAGAAAGGUGCAGAUGUCAACAGGAAAAGUGUGAAAGGCAACACGGCGCUCCAUGACUGUGCGGAGUCGGGCAGUCUGGAGAUAAUGCAGAUGCUGCUGAUGUACGGCGCAUCCAUGGAGCGGGACGGCUACGGCAUGACACCCCUGCUCUCUGCCAGUGUCACAGGCCACACUAACAUCGUAGACUACAUGACAACAUCCCAGCAGACAAGCCACAGGGAACGCAUUGAUGCGCUGGAGCUUUUGGGAGCUACAUUUGUGGACAAAAAGCGAGAUUUGCUUGGAGCUUUGAAGUACUGGAAGAGGGCCAUGGAUCUCAGAUACAUGGACAGUAACAACAUUGUCCAUAAACCGGAACCGAAACAGCUGAUCAUGGCAUAUGACUACGCCAGAGAGGUAAACAAUGUAGAAGAGCUAGAUGGGCUUAUUUCUGACCCGGAUGAGAUGCGCAUGCAGGCUCUGCUCAUCCGUGAGAGAAUCCUUGGCCCUCAGCACCCAGACACAUCCUACUACAUUCGCUACCGUGGUGCUGUUUAUGCUGACUCUGGGAACUUUGAGCGCUGCAUCAACCUGUGGAAGUAUGCACUGGACAUGCAGCAGAGCAACUUGGACCCCCUCAGCCCCAUGACAGCCUCCAGCCUCUUGUCCUUUGCUGAGCUCUUCUCCUUCAUGCUUCAGGACAGGGCCAAGGGGCUGCUUGGCACCUCGGUGUCAUUUGAGGACUUGAUGGGGAUCCUGACCAGGAGUGUUUUGGAGAUUGAGCGGGCAGUCAAACAGAGCGGGCCGGUGCACCAUGACCCCGCCCAGCUCAGCAAGGCCCUUUCGAUCAUCCUGCACCUCAUCUGCCUCCUAGAGAAGGUGCCGUGUACUGCUGAGCAAGAUCACUUCAAGAAGGAAACUAUCUACAGGUUCCUCAAGCUCCAGCCAUGUGGUAAGAACGGCUACAGUCCCCUCCACCUGGCUGUUGACCGAAACACCACCUGUGUGGGACGCUACCCUGUCUGCAAGUUCCCCUCCCUCACUGUCGCCUCCAUCCUGCUGGAGUGUGGAGCAGAUGUUAACAGCCGCGAUGAAGAUGACAACAGCCCUCUUCACGUAGCAGCUUCCAACGGUCACCCCGACAUCAUGAACCUGCUGAUUUCGUGUGGGACCCACUUUGACAGCACCAAUGCCUUCCAGCAGACCGCCUGCGACCUGCUGGACGAAAAAGAGCUGGCCAGGAACGUCAUCCAGCCAUACCACACUACGCUGCAGUGCCUCGCCGCCAGGGCUAUUGUCAAGCACAGCCUUGAUUACCGGGGAAACAUUCCCGAGAAGCUGGAGGCCUUCGUCCUGCUCCACAGAUAGUGACUUGGUGUUGCAGGUCGGAAAGUUGGAAGGAGGAGGGGUAGGGGAACAAACAAUGCUUAGAUCAAAAGGGGUGUGAUGAGAUGAGUGGACUGCACAUGAGCUGUCUGGGUAUGGGCCUGACCCAAAGGGUAUUGUGGAGGAGGAGAGACACGAUGUUGUGGGUCAGGUUUGAUUAUUCGAUCAAAUGACAGUUUGGAGAGCUUGAACUGAUGAUUUGUCCACACAGAAAUGUUCUUACUCAGUUGGGGUGGUUCUGAAAAAAAAAAUACUAAUGGAUUACAUGGAGGAAUAAGUGACUAUUUUUCCUCCUCUAUUCCUCCUUUCGUGGAGCCACCGCUCAUGACUGGUGAUGUUCCCAGUCCAGUCUGUGAGCUUUGGAUGUAUUAGGAGAGGAUUGUAACAUGGACAUGCACAUUAGUAUCUCUGGAUGAACUGAGCAAGGGGUUUACUUAUUUUUGCUUUACACAAAAUUGAUUUUUUUGCAUCUUCCACAAUGCUAUUUAUUGAAUUUAACCUUGAGAGAUUUUUCUCCAUGCUGGCCCAACCCUGCCUCAACUUCGCCUGCUUCUCUCUCAAAGCAAAGAUUGAGGCAUUUCUACACAUGCUGGGACUUCAGGUUUUUUUUUUUUCCUUUUUUUUUUUUUUUUUUUUUUUUUUUUUUUUUUUGGUCUUGUUGUUUUGUCCCAUCACUGUUGCCAACAGUCAUGGACCCUUUCUCAAGUCAUUGUUAGGUAAUCUUUUUUGUACUUUUACAAUAUAUUUAGUUAUGUGACUGUCAUGCAAAUUUGGAUAUCUGCUGAGUGGUGUGGAUUCUAGUACAUAGACUCAUUUGUCGUUUCUAGUGUAGUUGUAUUACAAAGCUUUAUGAGAAGGGUUUAAUGUCUGCGAACACCGUAAGUGCUUUAUUCUUCCUAUGCACAGGCUAGGCUGUUGGAAAGAGAGACUGUUGUGUUCUGUGCCGGCACUUGUCUGUGCAAUAUCUUUCAUCCUUUUUUGUUUGUUUGGUUACCUCAUUGCUGCCGUUUUCUUGUGUAUCCCCCACACUUCACACAAAGAGGGGGGGGUGCAAAAUCAUUGUACUGAUUGUUGGAAUGAGUGGAUGUAAGUGAUUGUACGCACGUGUGUGUUUGCGUGCUUGAGAAGAAUGAGUGCUGCAGAGUGUGUUACUUUGUGUGCAUGUGUGCGUGCGUGCAUGUGAGUGUGUGUGUGUGUGUGUGUGUGUGUGUGUGUGUGUGUGGAGUGUUUGAGCAUACAAAACUUGGCUGACAAGAGUUUGGUCAAGUGGCACUCAUGCCGAUACCAUUAAGCAUGACUGUGGGGUUAACAUGGUUGCCACUAGAAACUGCAAUGGCCAAAACUGUCUCUCUACAACUAUUGGAGUGUACAAGCUUGUGCACACAAGUGACCUCUCAUGCUCAUACACAGCCGACCUUUAAAUGCCAUUGUUCUUUAAUAAUCUUGAUCAAAAGAAAAGUCUGGGUAGGUUUCUAACACGGCCAACUGUGCUUGUGCGGGAUUGAAUAGAUUUUUUUUUUUUUUUUUUAAACAGCAAGUUUCAUCAACAACUGUCAGAUGUGUAACAGCAUAUCAGCCAGCCGUGGCAGAAUACCUUUUACGAUAACUCUGACAAACCUAGACUAGAACCAGGAUAGUUCAACCCAUUUUGUACAACUAUCGUCCAAUUGUAUCAGAAUUGAGGAAAUGGACAUCGAGAGUGGGAGGACGCCUUGUCGUACAGAAUAGUCAAGCUUUGUGAAUUAUCUUUGCACAUUAGCUUUAGAUGUGUGGUUUUAAAAAAAGGGCUUUUCAUAAUUCUUAGGAUUUCAUAUUACAAUGUAUUUAACCUGACAGUUCAACACCAGACAUAGAAAAUGUAUGGGGACACCCAGGGCAACUUGCUUUGAAUCUGCACUUUACUACAACGGAGUUUAAGAUUUGAUAUGACAUCAAUCAAAUUCAUGUCUUAAGAACCAGUUUGACAAUAAACCCAUGUUGCACUUGU